AUGCCGCCACGGAGGAACAGCUACGUUUGCUUGCCCGACGACCCAAUCGGGGGCAUGCCGAGAAGCAGGACAUUCAGCAAUCUGCCUUUGCCGUCCAAGAUCAAGAAGACCACCAAUGCGCUGGUGCAGAGCAAGUCUCAUGCGCGACUGCCUUCCGUCUCGCGCAUUCCGACCCCGACAGCUUCCAAUCGCAAGUAUUCCACCAGUCGCCUUCCAUCCUUGGAUCUCAGGCACGCACCAGCCCGAUCGAAGCUCAUUCGAUCCGACACAGAGCCAUUGCUCCAGCACGUGCUCGAGCAAGGAACGAACAUCCCCCGAUCGACGGCCUUCAAGGAGAAUAUCUCCCUGAGCCCCAUCAAGCCGCUGCCGAGCAUGCUUGCGGAUGAUGACCGCUUCGGCUUCGUCAAUUCCCCUCGCCGCUCCGGCCUCAGUCGUGGCUGGUCUGACUCCAGCGACGUCGGCGAACCUCUUCUACCGCAGCGCAAAUCCAGUCUCCCUGCAUCUCAGCGUGCAUCUUUGAGGGCACAUCCUGCACGUUUGUCGCAGAAGUUCGACAGCAGUCCUGCAUACCGACCUUCCCGUGAACGCCCACCCACGCCAGGACAGCCAGGACAGCCUGUACAGCGAUGGAACUCGCAGCCAAUUCUGACCAACAAUACGAACUUCAGAUCUUCGCACGGCGAAAUCAAGCAGACUCGACUCAUGUCCGAGCGUGGUCCUCCAACACCACCCCUGGUGUCCACCUCGCUCUCUCGCGAGUUGAGUGGCAACGACCUGAAGCGGAUGAGCAUUACAUCGAAUCAUUUACAGCAAGUGACGGAACUGCCAACCCUCAACAUCGACCAGACAUUAGAUUCCACCUCGAACAGGCCGCGAGCAAAUUCUUUACAGCCACGGCCGGGCGCCAUAAACACAGCACAGCCCUUCGCCUACUGGACUGGCAGAUUUUCCUCGCUGAAUGAUCGGUAUCGCAAUGAGGAUCUCGCCGCAUCGUUCCUGCCCUCUCACCAUACCUCACCCGCUGAGAGUCCGUGCCAAUGGCAUACGAAGUCUGAGACUGAUAAGAUGCACACGACCGAGGCCAACACGAAGCGCAUGCGCCGGGCAGUGGAGCAUCUCUAUUCGCUUUGCGCCACUGAUCAGGCCAAAGAAUCCUUCUUGAAAUGGCAGAAAGCUGUGGCCAUUGCACUUGCGACGCCGGAACUGGCUCGGCCGGUGAAUGGCAGCGAUGGAACGAGAAGGGGCUGGAAUCUCGAGAUGAGUCUGAGGAGCUCGAGCAUGGCAAAUCUGACCGGAAGUCACGCUUCUGGAGGAGAGAAUCGGAAAUUUACGAGCUUUGUGGACCGCUUGCUUGGACGGAGGCAGAAGAGCGAAGCACUGCUGGCGACCGGAUAG